AGGUCUACAGUUGGUUGAAGGCCACACAGUAACAUAAGAGCAACUUCCGGGAGUGUCAGAAAACAUGCAAUGGAAGCCCUCAGCUGGAGAGCAAAAAGCCAAUGGGUGGCCUCGGGGUGCUGUGGGUACAAGAUUUGCUGAAUAAUCACUGGCUGACAGCGACAUGACAGAGUAGAAGAUCAGCCCUACAUCUUAUACCAGUGAAGCCAGAUCACAGGAAGCGGUUGACAGUACCAUUAAGCCUAUGCUUGGCUCAGCACAAGAGAACUGGCGAGAACCUGUUUUAAAUCAACGACACACAAUUGUGAUCACCCCAAUGUCACCGAAUGGCCACAGCUUGUAAAAGAUCACCAGGAGAACCUCACUCUGAAAACAUUGAAACUAGCCGAAUGAAGCGAGCAGCUGCAAAGCAUCUAAUAGAACGCUACUACCAUCAGUUAACUGAGGGCUGUGGAAAUGAAGCCUGCACGAAUGAAUUUUGUGCUUCCUGUCCAACUUUUCUCCGUAUGGAUAACAAUGCAGCAGCCAUUAAAGCUCUCGAGCUUUAUAAGAUUAAUGCAAAACUCUGUGAUCCUCAUCCCUCGAAGAAAGGAACGAGCUCAGCUUACCUGGAAAACAAUUCCAAAGGUGCCCAUAACAACUCCUGCACUGGCAGAAAAAUGAACAAGAAGGAAAUACAAGGCCCAAGAGAUGACUUUAAAGAUGUGACUUUCUUAACAGAGGAAAAGGUAUAUGAAAUUCUUGAACUAUGUAGAGAAAAAGAGGACUAUUCUCCUUUAAUCCGUGUUAUUGGGAGAGUAUUUUCUAGUGCUGAGGCAUUGGUACAGAGUUUUCGGAAAGCCAAGCAGCAUACUAAGGAAGAACUGAAGUCUCUUCAAGGAAAGGAUGAAGAUAAGGAUGAAGAUGAAAAGGAAAAGGCUGCGUGUUCUUCUGCCAUGGAAGAAGAUGUGGUUGCACCAUCAUCGUCAAGAAUAGGCGAUAGCACGCAGGGGGAUAACAACUUACAAAAAUUAGGCCCUGAUGAAGUGUCUGUAGAUAUUGAUGCAGUCAGACGGGUCUACAAUAGAUUACUUUCUAAUGAAAAAAUAGAAACUGCCUUUUUAAAUGCACUUGUGUACUUGUCACCCAAUGUGGAAUGUGACUUGACUUACCAUAAUGUGUACUCUCGAGAUCCUAACUAUCUCAACUUGUUUAUUAUUGUUAUGGAAAACAGUAAUCUUCAUAGUCCUGAGUACCUGGAAAUGGCGCUGCCGUUGUUUUGCAAAGCAAUGAGUAAACUACCCCUUGCAGCUCAAGCAAAACUGGUGAGAUUGUGGUCAAAGUACAGCGCAGACCAGAUUCGACGAAUGAUGGAAACUUUUCAGCAGCUUAUAACUUACAAAGUCAUAAGCAACGAGUUCAACAGCCGUAACUUAGUGAAUGAUGAUGAUGCCAUUGUUGCUGCUUCAAAGUGCUUGAAAAUGGUUUACUAUGCAAAUGUAGUAGGAGGGGAUGUGGACACCGAUCACAAUGAAGAGGAGGAUGAAGAGCCCAUCCCAGAAUCCAGUGAGCUCACUCUUCAAGAACUGCUCGGUGAGGAAAGAAGAAAUAAAAAAGGGCCUCGAGUAGACCCACUGGAAACUGAACUUGGUGUAAAAACUAUAGAUUGCCGAAAACCACUUAUUCCCUUUGAAGAGUUUAUUAAUGAACCACUGAAUGAUGUUCUAGAAAUGGACAAAGAUUACACUUUCUUCAAAGUAGAAACAGAAAACAAAUUCUCCUUUAUGACGUGUCCCUUUAUAUUGAAUGCUGUUACCAAGAACCUGGGAUUGUAUUAUGAUAAUAGAAUCCGUAUGUACAGUGAACGACGCAUUACUGUACUCUACAGUUUAGUUCAAGGGCAGCAAUUAAAUCCAUAUUUGCGACUCAAAGUGAGACGUGAUCACAUCAUAGAUGAUGCGCUUGUACGGUUAGAAAUGAUUGCCAUGGAAAAUCCAGCAGAUUUGAAAAAGCAGUUGUAUGUGGAAUUUGAAGGAGAACAAGGAGUUGAUGAAGGAGGAGUUUCCAAAGAGUUUUUUCAGCUAGUUGUAGAAGAAAUAUUCAACCCGGAUAUUGGUAUGUUCACUUAUGAUGAGUCUACAAAAUUGUUUUGGUUUAACCCAUCCUCUUUUGAAACUGAGGGACAGUUUACAUUGAUUGGAAUUGUGCUGGGUCUGGCCAUUUACAAUAAUUGCAUUCUGGAUGUCCAUUUCCCAAUGGUUGUCUACAGAAAACUAAUGGGCAAAAAAGGAACUUUCCGUGAUUUGGCAGACUCACACCCUGUUCUCUAUCAGAGCUUAAGAGACUUGUUGCAGUAUGAGGGAAGUGUGGAAGAUGAUAUGAUGAUAACCUUCCAAAUAUCUCAUACGGAUCUCUUUGGUAAUCCAAUGAUGCAUGAUUUAAAGGAAAAUGGAGAUAAAAUCCCCAUUACAAAUGAAAACAGAAAGGAAUUUGUCAAUUUGUAUUCUGACUACAUUCUCAACAAAUCAGUGGAGAAACAGUUCAAGGCCUUUAGAAGAGGAUUCCACAUGGUAACCAACGAGUCUCCCUUAAAAUAUUUAUUUAGACCUGAGGAGAUUGAAUUGCUUAUUUGCGGAAGUAGGAAUCUAGACUUUCAAGCCCUAGAAGAAACGACGGAAUAUGAUGGCGGCUAUACCAGAGACUCUCUUAUUAUUAGGGAAUUUUGGGAAAUAGUCCAUUCAUUUACAGAUGAGCAAAAAAGACUCUUCCUCCAGUUUACAACGGGCACAGACAGAGCACCAGUAGGAGGACUUGGAAAACUAAAGAUGAUUAUAGCCAAAAAUGGCCCUGACACAGAAAGAUUGCCUACAUCUCACACAUGCUUUAAUGUCCUUUUACUUCCGGAGUACUCCAGCAAAGAAAAACUUAAGGAGAGAUUGUUGAAGGCCAUCACAUAUGCCAAAGGAUUUGGCAUGCUGUAAUAAAAUAAAUAAAAUAACAAAAGGGAUAAAGAGAUUGGUGGUGAUGGUGUCCCUGUCCAAAAAAUAAAAUCAAACAAAUAAACCCCCCACAAAAGGCCAUAAGAUAUAGCAAGCUCCAGUAGUCACCUGUGUUUGUGCCUCCCUUCUUCACUUGGGGACUUUGGGCUGGAACAGCAGAUUUCAGCUGCUUCUAUGAACAAAUUAUUUUCUUUUAGUGUGAAAGUGUUACAUAUUCUUUCACUUGUAUGUACAGAGAGGUUUUCCUGAAUAUUUAUUUUAAAGGGUUAAAUCACUUUUGCUUGUGUUUAUUACUGCUUGAAGUUGAGCCUUUUUGAGUAUUUACAAGAAAACAAAACUGUACUCUCCCAAGGAAAAUAUUGCCAUCAUUUGUAGAUUGUGUAACCUUACGUAUGUGCUACAUUUUUGUCCCCGUUAUCAAAUCAAAAUCAGGAACUGUACUUUUUUGAACAGUUUUGCUUUUGAAACUUGAAGUCUUGGAAAAAAAGAAAAAUGGUGUGAUGCAAUGACUGCUGUUCUAGCCCCCAAAGAAAUUUGUGGAAAAUCUUUAGAAUCAAUAAAGAUUGAAGGGAGAACUUGGAAUGUUAAACUGCAGCCUUGAGAACUUUACUUUAGUCACAGCACAACUUAAAAAAAAAAAAAUCUCAUUUCACUACUAUAUAUGUUGUCUUUCCCAUGUCUUGUCUUGUAGCACACUGUGUUCUAAUUAGCAAGGUUUCUAGCUAUAUGAAAGCGUAAACAUAGUUAGGUUUUUCUUUUUUUAAAAAAAAUGUUUACUGGGAAAAGUGCAUUUUUGGCCAAACAGCAUUAGAAUAGAGUGAAAUGUGUUGUGGAAGAAAACAGAUCAUUGGGUCUAUAAACAAAAGCAUGUGAAGUGCACUUAAAAUGAAAUUUUAAUUGCCUAUUAUGUUGACAUUUUAAAAUAGACAAUCCAGUCUUCCCUGCAAGUUUUUUUUUUUUAACAAAUUGUUGUUCCUUUAUCAAGGCAUACGAUCAGUGCUGCAGCAAAGGGAUGCCUUUUUUCUCUCAUCUAGCAAUAGGAGGGGAAACAAUAAACAUUUUAAGGGCAAGUUUGCAUUGUAAUACUCCCAUCUAUUUGUUGUAUGUGUAGAAAGUAAAUCCUAAGGUCAAGUUUGUCUCUUACAUACCAUACCAUACCAUAGAUCUGGAAUGUAAAUCUGCACACCACACCAGAGGAUCCCUUACUUUUCUACAGAUUGUGUCCUUGCACGCCGGUGAUUUCUGCUGUUGCAAUAUAAAAUAAAGGGACUGUAGUUUUGAACCAAGACCACGUAAUUGGCAUAACUCUUCUUCCUGCAAGUGACAACUGAUGUGCAGAACUGAGCUUGUGCCUUGGUGAUUGCUAUGCCUGAGUCUACUGCACAGCAAAUCAGCUUGAUUUGUGCAAAAUUUGAUAUUAAUUUUAAAAGGCAAAAUUUUGAAAUCAUUGGAGGGAGAAAAGAUGUCUUUCAGGAUUAUUUUAUUAAAUUCCUUUUAGUAAUAGAAACAGGCAACUGUUAUGUAACUAUAAUGCUAAAUAAACCAGUGAUGUUUUCCACCAUG